AAGAAGAAGAGCGCUUUGGCUAAAGCUGCCCACGAGCCAGUAAGCGAACACUCUCCACUCCUUUUGAAGGCGAAUCCUCCCUCCCUUCUUUGUCCUCUCUCCUUCACCUCCAUCUUCAUGGAAGCUCUCCGCUGCAGUGCGUGCUAGAGGAUGAAGCAGUCGCUCGGGUUUCGGCUACUUCUAGGUCUUGUUUUCAGUUGGAGGGCCGUUCUCGCGCAGGUUCAGUCCUUUCCACACUAUGAAGUCUCUGCGCUGGUCGCCUUUAAGCGCUCGGCAUUUGAGGACCCUUUCUCGGCUUUAUCCGAUUGGGAUUCCGUCGACGGAAGUCCUUGCAGCUGGACCGGAGUCACCUGCUCUGCGAAUCGGGAUUGUGUGGUUUCCCUAAACCUUUCUGGAUCGUCAUUGAAAGGGUUUCUUACUCCAGAACUUAAAAAGCUCCGUUGUCUGCAAGAAUUGCAUUUGAACAACAACUUGCUUUUAGGCACGAUACCAGCGGAAAUAGGGAUGCUAAAGAAUCUUACUGUGUUGGAUUUGAGCAUGAAUCGGCUCACUGGUCCUAUACCUCCCGUACUUGGAGAAUUAAUUGCCGUCAAUAAAUUAGAUCUCCAUUCCAAUGGGUUGACGGGUAGCAUACCUCCUGGACUUGGUAAAUUAGAAAAUCUUGUGGAGUUACGAUUAGACAGGAAUAGGCUUGGGGGACAGAUUCCUGGAGGCAGCAACUUAAAUGUUUCUGCAUCAUCGCACGGCUUUAGGCAUGCAACUGAUGGCAAAAGCGGUGGCCUUUGCCAGUUAUCUAAGUUAAGAAUGGUAGAUUUUUCCUACAACUUCUUGGUUGGACAAAUACCAUCAUGUUUGAAGUAUCUUCAAAGGUCAAGUUUCCAAGGAAACUGCUUUCAAGAUAAAUACACCAUUCUGCAACGAACGUCUAAAUCCUGUCGUUCGAACAAAAAUCAGGCAAUAGCCAAGGAGAGAAAUAAACAACCCACUGGAGAGCAUAAAAAGCAUCAGAGUCCACAGCAACCAGAAUGGCUUCUGAUCCUGGGGGUCACAACUGGAUUUCUUGUAGUUGUCUUCAUUAUCACUGGAAUUGCCACUGCUGUAAGGACUUGUAGGUUAAAAACAUUGGAGAAAAUCCACUGGAAGAAAACUAUGAGUUGGAAGGACGACAUGGCAAUAUCAAUAGAUGGUGACAUGUUAAAAAAUGUCCUGAGGUUUAGCCGAGAGGAACUUGAAAUAGCUUGUGAGGAUUUCAGCAAUAUAAUUGGUACUUCCCCACAUAGUAUGGUCUACAAAGGAACAAUGAAGGAUUCAACUGAAGUUGCCGUUAUCUCAUUAUGCAACUUAGAAGACCAAUGGACAAACUAUCUCGAGUUAUCCUUUCAUAAUAAGGUAGCAGAUCUGGCCAGACUGGAUCAUGAAAACCUAGCAAAGUUACUUGGUUAUUGCAAAGAAAAUGAACCUUUUUCAAGGAUGCUGGUACUUGGUUAUGCCUCUAAUGGGACAUUAUAUGAACAUUUACAUUAUGGUGAUGGAUCUCAGUUAUCUUGGAUUAGACGCAUGAAAAUAAUUCUAGGGGUUGCUCGGGGAUUGAGGUACUUGCACACAGAGCUGCAACCACCAUUUGUGUUAUCUGAGAUGAGUUCCAAUGCGGUGUAUCUUACUGAAGAAUUUUCUCCAAAGUUGGUUGAUUUUGAGAGCUGGAAAAUUAUUUUCUCAGAAUCUAAGAAAAGUGCUGGUUACUUCAGCAAAGUCUCUCUUCCAGAAUAUAAUGUUCCUCGAGAGCAACAAGAAAUGGAAAUUCAAGCUAACAUCUUUGCUUUUGGAGUAGUUUUACUGGAAAUAAUCAGUGGAAGACCUCCAUAUUGCAAGGAAAGAGGGUGUCUGAUAAAUUGGGCCACAAAGUAUCUUCAAAACCCAGAAGAGAUAAGUAAGCUAGUAGACCCUGAAUUGAAAAACACAAAGUCAGAAGACCUCGCGGUCAUAUGCAGCGCGGUUAGCCUCUGCAUCGAACCCGAUCCCACAAAGAGACCGUCGAUGCAAAUAAUAACCGCUGCGUUGGAGAAUGGAAUCGACUUAUCACCUGCUGCCCUACUCAAGGAAUCUCCUUUGGCAUGGGCUGAGCUAGCCUUGUCUUCCUAAUACUUCUCCUCCCUCCAUGUAAAUCCACGUCACAUAGGAAAUGCCUUGUUUCAGCUUUUGCCUAAUCAUUUGUUUCUACUAUUGGAAUUGGAUGAACAAUUGUGCUUGCCAGCUGAAGUAAUACAAGUCACAGCAUGGCACACAAUAUUUUAUUGUACACACUUGAUUAGUUAAGGAUUAAAAUUAGCUAUGGAUGGACAUUUUUCUCUCUUCUUUUU